UGCACGAGGGGCCUUAGGAGCUUGGGGACCGUCGGUUCUCUUAUCCUCUCUGAGAGGGUGGGAGCCUGUUAGGGCUACGAUCCCGCGGUGGGAAGGGAGGGAAAGUCGUAGGGGACCCUGGCCUUUGUCCCUGCUAGAAAGGGAAGGGCGUUUGGCCAGCCCGCGGGCAAAAGUGUCGGUUCCUGUCCCACAGAAGUGCAGGAUGGACAGGCUUCUGACUCCCAGGGAGUCUGCAAAAUUCAUUGCCGAGAACAGUCGAGAUGUGUUCAUUGACGACGGAGGCGUGCGGAGGGUGGCCGAGCUGCUGCUGGCCAAGGCCACGGGGCCCGAGCUGCGCAUUGGGGGCUGGAAGGCGAUUCACGAGCUGAAUCCUAGGGGCACCGACGAGGCCGCCGUUAACUGGGUGUUCGUGACAGACACGCUCAACUUCUCCUUCUGGUCGGAGAGUGACGAGCAUAAAUGUCUGGUGGGGUUUGGGGGAAAGACGUAUAGUGGGUACUGGUCCCUGUGCGCCGCGAUCAACAGAGCUCUGGACGAAGGGAUCCCAAUAACUAGUGCUUCCUACUACGCCAAAGUGACCCUUGAUGAGGUCCGGCAUAUACUCCGGUCUGACACAGAUGUCCCCAUGCCUUUGAUAGAAGAGAGGCAUCGGAUUCUCAAUGAAACAGGGAAAAUUCUGCUUGAGAAGUUUGAAGGCUCUUUUCUUAAUUGUGUCCAAAAAAGUGAUAAAAGUGCUCAGAAGUUAUUGCACCUGGUAGUUGAAAACUUUCCUUCUUACAGAGAUGUGACUCAGUUUGAGGGGAAAAGAAUUUCUUUUUACAAAAGGGCCCAAAUCCUGGUGGCAGAUACGUGGAGUGUAUUAGAGGGGAAAGGAGAUGGCUGCUUUAAGGACAUCUCCAGUAUCACCAUGUUUGCCGACUACAGAUUACCUCAGGUUCUUGUUUACCUGGGAGCCCUGAAAUACUCCAAUGAACUACUGGAGAAGCUUCUCAAAGGAGAAAUGCUUUUUUAUGGGAAUAGGCAAGAGGUGGAAAUCAGAGGGUGCUCAGUUUGGUGUGUCGAGCUGAUCCGGGAUUGUCUUCUGGAGCUUAUUGAAAAAAAGGGUGAAAAAACUACUGGAGAGAUUAAUUCCAUUCUUCUGGAUUAUUACUUAUGGGACUAUGCCCGUGAUCACAGGGAAGAUAUGAAAGGAAUUCCAUUUCAUCGUACACGUUGCAUAUAUUAUUGACCCAUAGUGUAAACUGAUCCUAAGAAAUUCCUUGCAUUUUUGUAUCAUAAUUAUUUAUACAAUUCUGCUUUGAUAUUAAGAGAAAGUGGUAGAGGUUACAGCAACAAGAAAAUUGAUUAGCCAGACUCUCUUAAAAUCUUUUCCUGACAUAUCACCCUGUAUUCCCAAUUUUAUCCUAUGUUUGCUUGUUUAAUUUUAACUAUA